AUGAAUCUGCAUCAGGAAGAGCUGGUUCGGGAAGGUCGGCGUCGGCCGAACAGCGAAGGUACGGAGCACCAGGUAGAGCCCGUUCUGCCAUUCAUGUCAAUCGCCUUCGGGAUAGUCGUCGCAAGCAUCAACACGCAGAACGCGGGCUGGGCGGGCAGCGGCAGCGGCUCCAUGAUCAGCUUCAAGUGGAUCUUGUUCGGGAAGGGCGGCGCCAACCACUUCUUCAACCAGAGUACCGCCGUGCAGAGAUUCACAACCCACGUCCGAGUCGGAAUGGGUAUCAAGAUAUUGCCAAAGCUGGAGGUUGAACAUGUCGCAUAG